AUGUUAAGAUUAUUAUUUCUGCUUGCUUUUAAGUACGCUUUCUGCUUUUGGAAAGUUUCGAAUCUAGAUGUAGAGGAGAGUCCGUUGGUAACCUUUUUCCCCAAGUCGGUUUGCUAUUCUAGCAAACCGGCCACUCGCGAAAGCUGCCCAAAUCUGUUUCAAUGCGUCCACCGAGGCCAGAUAGUAUCGCCAGAGAGGCCUCUAAUCCUGCUCGACUCGUGCGAGGAUUACCGUUGCUCCUGCCCUGUUGGAAAAAUCAAAUCCAACGGCGUUAAGUGCAAGCACGGAUACAUGAACUGCCAGUGGAAGUACGAAGGCUGCCAACUGAUGAAAACGACAAUGAACAGUGCCAGCUGCCUCUACUUGCUAACAAUACGAGAACAACUUCUCCCGUCGCUGGACUAG